UGCUCUUUCUUUUGUCUGCUCGGCCGUGGAGCACGGCGGCGGCAGGGAGCCCUUAUAGCUGUGACGCCCCGCUGGCAUCCACCUUGCCUCGAGCGUCCUUCAGCAGCUCCUCGGAGCUGUCCAGCAGCCACGGCCCUGGGUUUGCAAGUCUUAAUCGCAGAGAUGGGGCUGGCGGCUGGUCUCCACGCGUGUCCGAUAAAUACCAGUGGCUGCAGAUUGACCUCGGAGAGAGAAUGGAGGUCACAGCUGUGGCCACCCAGGGAGGAUACGGGAGCUCCGACUGGGUGACCAGCUACGUCCUUAUGUUCAGCGAUGGCGGGAGGAACUGGAAGCUGUAUCGGCGAGAAGAAAGCAUCUCGGGUUUUCCAGGAAACACAAACGCAGACAGCGUGGUACAUUACAGACUCGAGCCUCCCUUCGAAGCCAGGUUCCUGCGCUUCCUCCCCGUAGCCUGGAACCCUAAGGGCAGGAUUGGGAUGCGGAUAGAAGUGUACGGAUGUGCAUACAGAUCUGAGGUGGUUAAUUUUGAUGGAAACAGCUCCUUGAUAUACACAUUGAACCAGAAGUCCGUGAGUCCAACAAAAGAUGUCAUUUCUUUGAAAUUUAAGACCAGGCAGACCGAUGGGAUUCUACUCCACCGAGAAGGACAAAAUGGCAAACACGUCACCCUGGAGUUAGUUAAAGGAAGACUCAUCUUAUCCCUUAAUUCAGGCCAUGCUAACCUGCCGUCCCCUGACGCCCGUGUGACCCUCACCCUGGGCAGCCUGCUGGACGACCAGCACUGGCAUUCUGUCCUCUUGGAGCUCCUGAACGCACACGUCAACUUCACCGUGGACAGGCACACGCAGCAUUUCCAGGCAAAGGGCGGGUCCCGCUAUUUGGAUCUUGAUGAUGAGAUCAGCUUCGGAGGGAUUCCCGGACACAGAAAAUCAGUGGUGUUCCCACAUAAAAACUUUCACGGCUGCUUCGAAAACCUCUAUUAUAAUGGAGUGGAUAUCAUUGAUUUGUCCAAGAAACGCAAACCGCAGACCCUCGUCGUGGGAAAUGUGUCUUACUCGUGCUCACACCUUCAGAUUGUCCCUGUGACUUUCCUGAGUUCCAGCAGCUACUUGGCUCUCCCGGGUGCCUCUGGAGAGGACAAAGUGUCAGUCGCUUUCCAGUUUCGGACGUGGAACAGAGCAGGGCUGUUGCUGACCAGUCAGUUAAAACACGGGUCGGGGGCUCUUGUCCUUGUUCUAAAUGAUGGAAAACUCAAGCUGAGUCUCUCCCAGCCCGGACAUCCAUCGAGGGAUAUCACAGCAGGUGCUGGAUUAAGUGACGGGCAGUGGCAUUCGGUGUCCUUAUCAUUGAAAGGAAGUCACCUGAGUGUGAUGGUGGAUGGCGAGGCAGCCUCCGUGGCUCAUUCCUUGCGUGGACGGAUUGAUUCCGGGGACACCUAUUAUUUGGGCGGCUGUCCUGACAGCGUCUCUGGCUCUGGAUGUGGAGGUCCCCUGGGCGGCUUUCAGGGCUGCCUGAGGCUCAUCUCCAUUGGCGACAAGGCGGUGGAUCCCAUCACGGUGCAGCAGGGGGCGCUGGGGAGUUUCCGUGACCUCCAGAUAGACACAUGCGGCCUCACAGACAGGUGUUUGCCCAGCUAUUGUGAACACGGGGGCGAAUGCUCCCAGUCCUGGGACACCUUUUCCUGUGACUGUGCGCACACUGGCUACCUGGGCGCGACCUGCCAUUCCCCGUUGUACGAGCAGUCCUGUGAAGCCCACAAGCACAGAGGAGACUCUUCCGGGCUCUACUAUAUCGAUUCCGAUGGAAGUGGCCCUCUGGAACCUGCUCUCGUAUAUUGCAACAUGACAGACACCACCGGGACCUCAGUGCAGCACAAUGGCUCACAUCUGGCCAGGGUCAAAAGCUCGGAUGGAGAAAGCCCCCACCCUGUGGCUUUCAAGUACACAGCCAGCAUGGACCAGCUCCAAGCCAUAAUCGACCGUGCGGACCAUUGCCAACAGGAGCUGGCCUUCCACUGCAAGAAGUCAAGGCUUUCGGCUCGCCACGAUGGAACCCCAGUGAGCUGGUGGGUUGGAAGAACCAAUGAAACACACACUUACUGGGGAGGUUCUCUGCCUGAUGCUCAAAAAUGUGCUUGUGGAUUACAGGGGAACUGCCUUGAUUCUCAAUAUUACUGCAACUGUGAUGCUGACCGGAAUGAAUGGACCAGCGACACAAUAGUCCUUUCCCAUAAGGAGCACCUGCCGGUCAUUCAGGUUGUGAUGAGAGACACAGGCCGACCACAUUCAGAAGCCGCGUAUGCGCUGGGGCCUCUGCUCUGCUGGGGGGACAAUUCGUUUUGGAACUCCGCUUCCUUCAACACGGAGACUUCAUACCUUCAUUUCCCUACGUUCCGCGGAGAGUUCAGUGCUGAUGUGUCUUUCUUUUUUAAGACAACAGCUCCUUCUGGGGUGUUUGUAGAGAACCUAGGGAUCACAGACUUCAUCAGGCUAGAGCUACAUGCUCCCUCGGAAGUGACCUUUUCCUUUGAUGUGGGGAACGGACGUUGCGAGGUCACGGUGCGGUCGCCCACCCCCUUUAAUGACAACCAGUGGCACCACGUGAGGGCCGAGAGGAAUGUGAAGGAAGCGUCGCUUCAGGUGGACCAGCUCCCCAGCGAGACCCAAGCUGCACCUGCCGACGGGCACGCGCGGUUGCAGCUCAACAGCCAGCUCUUCGUGGGCGGGACGGCCACCAGACAGAGAGGCUUCCUGGGGUGCAUUCGUUCGCUGCGGCUGAACGGGCUGGCCCUGGACCUGGAAGAAAGAGCGACAAUGACGCCGGGCGUGGAGCCAGGGUGCCCGGGACACUGCAGCAGCUACGGACACCUGUGUCGCAACGGAGGGAGAUGCAGAGAGAGACACAGGGGUAUCGCUUGUGACUGCACCUUCUCUGCCUAUGACGGGCCAUUCUGCGAAAAUGAGAUUUCUGCAUAUUUUGGAAGCGGUUCGUCCGUUAUCUACAACUUUCAAGAACAUCAUAAUCACACCUUUGGUAAGAACGCCAGCUCCUUGGCGGCUUUAUUUCAUGAGGAUCUGACGCUGACCGGAGAAAUGGCCACACUGAGCUUCCGGACCACAGGGGCCCCCAGCUUACUUCUCUACGUGAGCUCUUUCUACGAAGAGUACCUAUCAGUUAUCCUCGCCCCCAAUGGAAGUUUGCAGAUCAGGUAUAAGCUGGACAGAAACCAGGCACCUGACGUUUUUAACUUUGGUUUUAAAAACCUUGCCGAUGGGCAGUUUCACCAAGUGAAGAUUCACAGGGAAGCGGCCAUGGUCUCUGUAGAGGUUAACCAGAAUGCAAGGAGACAAGUUAUCCUGUCAUCGGGGACGGAAUUCAACGCUGUCAAAUCCCUUAUGUUGGGCACAGUUUUAGAGCCCCCCGGCGCGGACCCGGACACGCUGCGGGCCGGCGCGCGCGGCUUCACCGGCUGCCUCUCGGCGGUGCGCUUCGGCCCCGCCGCUCCGCUCAAGGCCGCGCUGCGCCCCGGGGGCCCCGCCCCGGUCACGGUGCGCGGCCACGUGGCCGCCGCGGCCCGCUGCGCGGAGGGGGCGGGGCCCGGAGCCCCGGCGCGGGAGGCCACCCGCCCGCUGGCAGGUGGCUCUGGACCAACGGACGGGGGACAGCCCUUAGUUACUGCUGACGGAAGGGACUCCGCCGUCAUCGGAGGUGUGAUAGCCGUUGUGAUAUUUAUCUUGCUCUGCAUCACUGCCAUAGCUAUACGCAUUUACCAACAGAGAUGGCUGUACCACAAAAAUGAAUCGAAUAUUCCAAAACACGGAGACAAUGCCGAGACCGCUCUGAGAAGUGAGCUCGAUCUGCAAAAUACAGCCAGUGAAAGCCAGAAGGAGUAUUUCUUCUGAUGGGCAGUAGAGGCUCACUCAUGCAUGGCCCUGGUGACGCGACUUUCGGGCUGAGCCAGGGGCUCCCAGGGGAUGACGCCCCCUCUCGUCCUCUUGGGACAGACGGUGGCCGUGGGGCGCCGUCAGCUUGCUCGUGUGUGGCCCCAAGGAGGCCCUGCUCAGUGCUGCUUCAUGAUCUAUUGAUGUAAAAGUGACUUCGGUGUGCUCAUUAAUCACUGUGUGGCAGUUUCUGACUGUUCUGACCUGAUCUUUGAAAAUUCAAAUGUAUUUUGCAUAAUGACUCUGGGUGUUAAGUGAGGGCAAGGAUUUGAGCUGUGGCUCUACUCGCUUAAGACGGAGACGCAGACGUUUAUAAAAGUCAGAGUUGGACUCUGAUGUGCGUCGUGUGGAGGUCUGUAUUUUGCUUCCCUUAUCGAUCACCUGCUGACACUCGUAAAGCAGGAAGUGUUUCUCAGAUGGUGUUCGAGUCGUUUCCAUCUUCCUGCACGCCAGAGCCUGGUGGCCAAAAAUGCAUUCGAGACUUGGAAAAGAACAUUUUUUGGCUGCUUGUUUUUACUAUUUGUCUCUUUUAAGUCCGUUUGCAUACGUUUUAGUGACGAAGCGCAUCUUGAAUGUCAGCUACGAAAUUCUAGUCUUCUGUUCAUUUAUGGAACAGAAAAAUGCAUAGGUAGCAAAGUGUGUAAAGCAUUCUGAUCUGCAGUAUUUGCUUAUUUUAUUCUGUAACUGCUCAUUUUAAUCUUUGUAAAUUAUGAUAAAGAUGACCUCAUGAUCUCCCCCAAAACAUCUAUUUUCUAACUAAACCUGU